CCUCCCCCCUCCCUCGCUCGCUCGCUCCCUCCCCCCGGGCCGGCUCGGCUCUGACUCCGCCGCACGCUGCAGCCGCGGCUGGAAGAUGGCGGGGAACGACUGCGGCGCGCUGCUGGACGAAGAGCUCUCCUCCUUCUUCCUUAACUAUCUCGCUGACACGCAGGCUGGGGCUUCCGGGGAGGAGCAACUGUGCGCUGACUUUCCAGAGCUCGACCUGUCCCAGCUGGAUGCCAGCGACUUUGACUCGGCCACCUGUUUUGGGGAGCUGCAGUGGUGCCCGGAGAACUCUGAAACUGAACCCAGCCAGUACAGCCCCGAUGACUCCGAGCUCUUCCAGAUCGACAGUGAGAAUGAGGCCCUCCUGGCAGAGCUCACCAAGACCCUGGACGACAUGCCCGAAGACGACGUGGCUCUGGCUGCCUUCCCGGCCCUGGAUGGUGGAGACGUGCCAUCCUGCACCUCAGCUUCACCUGCCCCCUCAUCUGCGCCCCCCAGCCCCGCUCUGGAGACACCCCCGGCCCCAGCCCCUGAGGUGGAUGAGCUCUCACUGCUGCAGAAGCUCCUCCUCGCCACAUCCUCCCCAGCAUCAAGCUCUGACACCCAGAAGGACGGGACCGCCUGGCGCCAGGCAGGCCUCAGGUCCAAAAGUCAGCGGCCUUAUGUCAAGGUAGACAGCACUCAUGACAAGAAGGCGCCCAUGACGCAGCCUCAGAGCCGGAGCUGCACAGAGCUGCAUAAGCACCUCACCUCGAAAGCCCACUCUCCAGACCGGGGCCUGCAGCUGCCACCCCCCUGGAGUCCCCGUCCUUCUGCCAAGGAGGACGAGGAGCCGGAUGAGGACUGCCCGAGCCCCCAGCCAGCUCCAGCCUCUCCCCGGAACUCCCCAGCACCGGCCAGGCCAGGCCCUAGCGCCCGGGUCCCCCAGGAGGACAUGCAGGCCAUGGUGCAGCUCAUCCGCUACAUGCACACCUACUGCCUCCCCCAGAGGAAGCUGCCAGCCCCCCAGCCCUGCGACAGCCCCUCCACGCAAGUCAGGCCCCGGCCCCAGCACCCCUCUAAAGCCUCCUGGGCUGAGUUCUCCAUUUUGAGGGAACUUCUAGCUCGAGAUGUUCUCUGCGAUGUCAGCAAACCCUACCGCCUGGCCACGCCUGUCUACGCCUCCCUCACACCGCAGUCCAAGCCCAGGCCCCCCAAAGACGGCCAGGCCUCCCCUGGCCACCCACCCCCAGUGGAGGAGGUAAGGGUCGCAGCUUCGUCCAAGAACACCGGGCCCAGACCGAGCCUGCGCCCACUGCGGCUGGAGGUGAAAGGGGAUGUCCGCCGGCCUGCCCGGCCGCAGCAGCAAGAAGAGGAAGAAGAUGAGGAGGAAGAAGAGGAAGAAGAAAAAGAGGAGAAGGAGGAAGAGGAGGAGUGGGGCAGGAAAAGGCCAGGCCGAGGCCUGCUGUGGACCAAGCUGGGGAGGAAACUGGGGAGCUCUGUGUGCCCGGUGCGGCGGUCACGGAGACUGAACCCCGAGCUGGGCCCCUGGCUGACAUUUGCUGAUGAGUCACUGGUCCCCUCGGAGCCCCAAGGUGCUCUGCCCUCGCUGUGCCUGGCUCCCAAAGCCUACGACAUCGAGGGGGAGCUGGGCAGCCCCACGGACGAGGACACUGGCCAAGACCAGCAGCUUGUACCGGGACCCCAGAUUCCUGCCCUGGAGAGCCCCUGUGAGAGCGGGUGUGGGGACACCGAUGAGGACCCCAGCUGCCCGAGGCUCCCUCCCAGAGACUCUCCCAGGUGCCUCAUGCUGGCCUUGUCACAAAGCGACCCUCCUUUUGGCAAGAAGAGCUUUGAGCAGACCUUGACAGUGGAGCUCUGCGGCACAGCAGGCCUCACCCCACCCACCACACCCCCGUACAAGCCCACAGAGGAGGACCCCUUCAAGCCAGACAUCAAGCUCAGCUUGGGCAAAGACACAGCUCCCAGCCUGCCCUCUCCUGAGGGCCUCCAGCUCGGGGCCACCUUGGGGCCUGCCCACAAGCUGCCAAAGAAGCAUCCAGAGCGGAGUGAGCUCCUGUCCCACCUGCGGCAUGCCACCAUCCAGCCGGCCUCCCAGGCUGGCCAGAAGCGCCCCUUCUCCUGUUCCUUUGGAGACCAUGACUACUGCCAGGUGCUCAGGCCAGAGGGCGCCCUGCAGAGGAAGGUGCUGAGGUCCUGGGAGCCAUCUGGGGUCCACCUUGAGGACUGGCCCCAGCAGGGUGCCCCUCGGGCUGAAGCCCAGGCCCCCAGCAGGGAGGAAGACAGAAGCUGUGAUGCUGGCAUCCCACCCAAGGACAGUAUGCUGCUGAGAGACCACGAGAUCCGCGCCAGCCUCACCAAGCACUUUGGGCUGCUGGAGACCGCCCUGGAGGAUGAAGACCUGGCCUCGUGUAAGAGCCCUGAAUAUGACACCGUCUUUGAGGACAGCAGCAGCAGCAGUGGUGAGAGCAGCUUCCUCCUGGAGGAGGAAGAGGAGGAGGAGGACAAUGAAGAAGAGGACUCAGGGGUCAGCCCCCCUCGCUCUGACCACUGCCCCUACCAGAGCCCACCAAGCAAGGCCAAUCGGCCACUCUGUUCCCGCAGCCGCUCAAGCUCUGGCUCCUCAUCCUGCCGCUCCUGGUCACCAGCCACCCGCAGGAACUUCAGAUGUGAGAGCAGAGGGCCGUGUUCAGACAGAACGCCAAGCGUCCGGCAUGCCAGGAAGCGGCGGGAAAAGGCCAUUGGCGAAGGCCGCGUGGUGUACGUUCGAAAUCUCUCCAGUGACAUGAGCUCCCGAGAGCUAAAGAGGCGCUUCGAAGUGUUUGGCGAGAUCGUAGAGUGCCAGGUGCUGACAAGAAGUAAGAGAGGUGAGAAGUACGGCUUCAUCACCUACCGGUGUUCCGAGCACGCAGCCCUCUCUCUGAGGAACGGCGCUGCCCUGAGGAAGCGCAACGAGCCCGCCUUGCAGCUGAGCUACGGAGGGCUCCAGCACUUCUGCUGGCCCAGAUACACUGACUACGAUUCCAAUUCAGAAGAGGCCCUUCCUGCGUCAGGGAAGAGCAAGUACGAAGCCAUGGAUUUCGACAGCUUACUGAAAGAGGCCCAGCAGAGCCUGCAUUGAAAACAGCCUUAACCCUCGAGGAAUACCUCAAUACCUCAGACAAGGCCCUUCCAAUAUGUUUACGUUUUCAAAGAAAUCAAGUAUCUGAGAAGGAGAGCGAGCGAGCGAGCGUGAGAGAGAACACACGUGAGAGAGAGACUUGAAACUACUGUCCUUU